AUGCGCGGCAUCCAGAUCAAGGAAUAUGUCAAGACGCCCAAGGAGCUCCGCGUAACGGAUCUCCCGGAUCCCGUCCCCAAGGACAAUGAGUACCUCGUCCAAGUCCACGCCACCGCCGCCAACUUCUUCGACAUCCUCCAGAUCCAAGGCAAAUACCAGACACAGCCACCCUUCCCCUGGACCUCGGGCUGCGAGUUCGCCGGCAUAGUCCUCAAGGCGCCCCCGUCCGCGAAGUACCCCGUCGGCUCCCGCGUCUUCGGCGCCACCCAGGGCGCCUUCGCCGAGAAGUGCGUCGCCCGCGAGAAGGACAUCCUCCUCAUCCCCGACGGCUGGUCCUACCAGGAGGCCAGCGGCCUCUUCAUCACGGCCCCGACCUCCUACGGCGCCCUCGUCGUCCGCGCCGGCAUCAAGGCCGGCGACAUCGUCCUCGUCCACGCCGCGGCCGGCGGCGUCGGCCUCGCCGCCGUCCAGGUCGCCAAGGCCUUUGGCGCCACCGUCAUCGCCACGGCCUCCACCCAGCGCAAGCGCGACGUCGCCGUGUCCUUCGGCGCCGACCACGUCGUCGACUACCGCGACCCGGAGUGGCCCGCCAAGGUGAAGGCGCUGACGCCCGGCGGGAGGGGCGUGGACAUCGUCUACGACCCCGUGGGCAUGGUCGAUGCCAGCACCAAGUGCACGGCCUGGAAUGGUCGUAUUCUCAUCAUCGGCUUCGCUGCUGGUAAGAUCGAAAAGGUGGCCAUGAACAAGGUACUCCUCAAGAACAUUAGCCUCGUGGGUAUCUUCUGGGGCCAGUACGCCGUCAGGGAGAAGGAGACUGUUGUGAAAGUCUGGGAAGGCAUCAUGAAGCUGGUUGCGGAGGGUAAGUUGCGCGGCACCGAGUUCACCGACGAGGAGUUUGUUGGGCUCGACCGGAUUCCCGAGGCUCUGAUAGCCCUGGGCAGUCGAGGCACAUGGGGUAAAGUUGUCGUCAAGGUUCCGCAGGACGGACAGAGUAAGCUGUAA